CACUCCGGCAGCCCACUGCUGGCCGGACAACCAUGAACUCCGGCAGCCCACUGCUCGCUGGAUUGCCCACCACCUUGUACUCCAACUUCCCCCCGCUGGGAGGUCAACCACCCCCUACCCAGCCCAAACCAAAACUGCCCCAAGCACCUCCGGCCUCCACUCCGACAACCGCCUCCCAGACCACGGAUGGUGCAGGGAAGGUUUCAGCUGUCCCAGCCCACUCCACGGCGGCGGGUAUCCUGGGACCUCCUCCAUGUAGCCUUUUGCCCGGCCAAACCUUCCUCCAGGCAGCUUCUCGCAGGUCAUCCAGUCUGGCCACCAAAUCACACCCCACAGUAAAUAGAAUAUUCAACCCUUUAUCUCCGAACAAAACCAUGGCCGAAAUCCUUUCCCAACCAAAGGACCCCAUUUUCCCUCUUAAAUCUCCAUCCUCUCACAACGGUUUACCGGCGGUGAGUUUUUCACAAGACGAGGUGGACACCCUCUCGGACAAACUCCCUUUCGCUCUCGUUGGAUCCUUCAUCUAUGGAAUGCUAAAAAUGGUUGUGGUGCGUACCUACUUCAGUAAGGCAGGUUUCAAAGGUCCGUUCUCUAUUGGUAUUAUGGCUCCAAAACAUCUUCUUCUCUGGUUCGACAGGGAGGAGGACUACCUUAAGUGUUGGCUAUGGCAGACUUGGUCCUUUGAUGGGCUGGUAAUGCGUAUCACCAAAUGGACUCCAACUUUCAUUCCAGAAAACAGGGACUAACAAAUGGUAUCAGAGCCGAUCGAGAGCUGAUCAGAAGAACUAUCUGCGAAAGACUUUGUUUUUUUUCCUUCCUUUUGUAGAAUAGCGAGUUUAUCAUCUGUAAUCUAAUUUCUGCACCAAAUGUUGUAAAAGUUAUACUGUUAGAAUCGCGUUUCAAAGACGAUCAAGCAGUAUAUCUUCCUUAUUCGUUUCCGCAUAUUCUUGUUCUCUGUAAACU